CCUUUCUCAGUCAUCCACCAUUCAAUCCGGCAAACUCCAAACUCCAAAGUUAGCAAUCACAUUUUCAUUCAAUUCCACAUACAACUCCCAAUCCAAUGGCUUCCAGUGCUCUAGCAUGCUCUGCUUCUCCCUUUCUAUCCAACGCCUCCGUUUCCAAGACUCCCAGAGGGACCUCCGGUCCGUGCUCCGUUUUCUUGCCCUCUUCAUGCGGCGUUAGAAGGCCGCUUAAGCUCAGAGCUCAGGCCGCCGGCGACCACAACAAAGACACCUCCGUCGACGUGCAUCACGUCACCACCAACCAAUCCGCCACCGCCGUUGAACGUCGGCCUCACCGCAUGGCCGCCCUCGAUGUCCCUACAUUCGGGCUUUUGGACCCUCUGUCUCCGAUGAGAACAAUGCGGCAAAUGCUGGACACCAUGGACAGGCUAUUCGAGGACGCCAUGACAUUCCCGGGAAGGAGCAGAGCCUCGACGGGGGAGGUGCGGGCGCCGUGGGACAUCCGAGACGAGGAACAAGAGAUCAAGAUGCGGUUCGACAUGCCGGGGCUAUCCAAGGAAGAGGUUAAGGUUUCGGUAGAAGACGAUGUUCUUGUCAUCAAGGGCGAACACAAGAAGGAAGAAGGCAAAGACGAUGAUGAUUCAUGGUCCAGGAGUUACAGCGUUUAUGAUACCCGGCUUAGGCUGCCGGAAAACUGCGACAAGGAUAAGGUGAUGGCGGAGUUGAAAAAUGGAGUGCUGUUCAUCUCCAUCCCAAAGAGGAAGGUGGAGAAGAAGGUGGUUGAUGUAGAGAUUAAGUAAAGCUCUUGGUUUUGCAACUAUAGGCUGCUUAAAAAGUGUGUUGUU